AUGGUGCAUCAGAAUCAGUUUGGGGGUGUUACAAUGAAUGGCCCAAAUGCUCAUCUUAGAUCCUUUUUGGAAAUUUGUGACAAGGUGAAGAUGAAUGGGGUUACUGAAGAUGCAAUCAGACUUCACCUAUUCUCUUUCUCUUUAAGGGAUAAAGCAACGGCUUGUGAGAUUAGCCAAUUCAAACAACUCGACUUCGAGCCAUUUUAUAAAGCCUGGGAAAGAUUUAAAGACUUGCUUAGGAGAUGUCAUCAACAUGGGUUCCAGAAAUGGGUGCAAAUUGAGAUAUUUUAUAAUGGGCUAAAUGGGCAGACAAGGACUAUGGUGGAUGCAGCUGCGGGAGGCAUUCUAAUGGCUAAAACAACAGAAGCUGCAUAUGCUUUAUUGGAUGACAUAGCCACCAACAGUUACCAAUGGCCAAGUGAGAGAUCGGGCGUAAAGAAAGUGGUAGGACUUCAUGAAAUGGAUCCCAUCACAGCACUAGCAGCUCAGGUUGCAUCACUCACAAAUCAGAUAGUCACGCUUACUACUCAGGGAAAUCAACAGAAGGUAGAUUCAGUCAUGAGUACUUCUUCAUCACACCAACAGACAAAGGUUGCAAACGAGCAGGCCCAAUAUGUCAACAGUAGAAACUACAAUCAAAGAAGAAGCUACCAAGCUAAUCACUAUCAUCCAAGGCUGAGGAAUCACGAAAACUUGUCAUAUGGCAACAAUAGAAACACACUUCAACCUUCACCCGGAUUCAACACUCAGAAUUCUGAAGGGAAACCAUCCUUGGAAGACAUCCUUGGGACAUUCAUUUAUGCGACAAGAUCACGCUUCAACAAAGAAUAA